GGGGGGGGGUGGUGGUGGAGAUCGGCACUUGGAUCGCUCGCUGGCGGGGGCGGCGCUGGUGUCUCUCGGACUCUCCCGCGCCGCGGCUCCGGGGAGAUGUGAGCGCCGCUCGGGCCUGGAGGCAAAUGACGAAUGGCCAUUUGGGUGAGGUAAUGGAAGGCUGGCUGUACACAUGGGGCCAUACCCCAGCCUGAGUUUGAGAGCAGAAACUGGAAUAAGACUUAAUAGGAAUGCCAAAGGAAAAAUAUGAUCCAAAAGAUCUACAUAGAAUAUAUGCAAUCAUGUCAAUGGAAGAGGCAGCCAAUGGGAAGAAAUCACACUGGGCAGAAUUAGAAAUCUCGGGUAAAGUGAGGAGCUUGAGUACUUCGCUGUGGUCUUUAACACACUUGACUGCGCUGCACCUGAACGACAACAACCUUGCACGCAUUCCACCAGAUAUUGCCAAGCUCCAUAAUCUAGCUUACUUGGAUCUAUCAUCUAAUAAACUGCGCAGUUUACCAGCUGAGCUCGGAAACAUGGUGUCACUCAGGGAAUUGCUUUUAAAUAACAAUCUGUUACGGGUUUUGCCUUACGAACUAGGAAGACUGUUCCAGCUACAGACCCUUGGUUUAAAAGGCAAUCCUUUGUCACAGGAUAUUUUGAACCUCUAUCAAGAACCAGAUGGAACGAGAAAGCUACUGAACUAUAUGCUUGAUAACUUAGCAGUUCACCCAGAGCAGCUUCCUCAGAGGCCAUGGAUCACUUUGAAGGAAAGAGACCAAGUGUUGCCAACAGCAUUGUUCACUAUCAUGUGUUAUAAUGUUCUAUGUGACAAGUAUGCCACAAGGCAGCUGUACGGUUACUGUCCAUCCUGGGCUUUGAACUGGGAGUACAGGAAAAAGGGAAUCAUGGAAGAAAUUGUAAAUUGUGAUGCAGACAUCCUAAGCCUUCAGGAAGUAGAAACAGAGCAAUACUUUAACCUCUUUUUGCCUGAGUUGAAGCAACGUGGAUAUGAUGGGUUCUUCUGUCCAAAAUCUCGUGCCAAAUUAAUGUCUGAGCAGGAAAGGAAGCAUGUAGAUGGAUGUGCAAUAUUCUUCAAAACAGAGAAAUUUGCAUUGGUGCAGAAGCAUACAGUGGAAUUCAACCAAUUAGCAAUGGCCAAUUCAGAUGGCUCUGAAGCCAUGCUAAAUCGCGUUAUGACAAAGGAUAAUAUUGGGGUAGCAGUGCUCUUAGAAGUCCACAAGGAUCUUUUUGGAGGUGUGAAGACACUUCAUGGAACAGAAAAGCAGCUAAUUCUUGUGGCCAAUGCACAUAUGCACUGGGACCCUGAGUACUCUGAUGUGAAGCUCAUCCAAACCAUGAUGAUUAUCUCUGAACUCAAAACUAUUCUAGAGAAGUCAGCUGCUUCUCUUAGGCCAAGCUGCCCUUCUGCAGAUCUUAACUGCAUCCCAUUGGUGCUGUGUGCAGAUCUCAAUUCACUGCCAGAUUCAGGUGUUGUGGAAUACUUGAGCACUGGAGGUGUUGCACAGAAUCACAAAGACUUCAAGGAGCUGAGGUAUAACGAGUGUUUGAUGAACUUCAGCUGUAAUGGGAAGAAUGGAACUUCUGAUGGCAGAAUUACUCAUGAUUUCCAACUAAAGAGCGCUUAUGAAAACAACUUGAUGCCUUACACAAAUUACACUUUUGACUUCAAGGGUGUUAUCGACUACAUUUUCUAUUCCAAGACUCUGAUGAACGUGUUGGGUGUUCUUGGCCCUUUGGAUCCUCAUUGGCUUGUGGAAAAUUCUAUCACUGGAUGCCCACACCCUCAUAUCCCUUCUGACCACUUCUCACUGUUAAUACAGCUUGAACUUCAGCUUUCCUUGCCACCAUUGAUGAAUGGUGUGCACUUACCCAGCCGGAGGUAGUAGAUCCAUGUCCUGGAGGCACUGCCUGCUUUUAUGGACAUGUACAGUUGUAAAAUCAAAGUAUGAAGGAGUGAAGUAUGGCCUGUAAAAUCUUUUUUGUUCUCUUUUUUUAAUUGUAUAUGUUCUGUAUGUUUCUAGUAAUACUGUUUAUUUCAUUGUCACUAAGUCUGGAGCAAACAAAAACUUAAUUUAAAAAGGUUUAUUACUCAGACCUUUGGAGACACUGGAGAUCGCAUUCUUUGUAACUCUGAAAACAUUUUAUCACCAUAUUAUGUGUUAAGUGUUUAUGUUUUCCUGUUGGAUUACGUACAUAAUCUGGCAUUGAAACAGCAGCAUUACAUGCUUUGCAAUAUGGUGCCAUUGAUUGCUCCUCCAAAGACCGACAGGCAGAACACUGUUCCGAGCUUUGCCCCACCCUAGUUGCCUUGGAUCUAUUUAUACAUCAUUACUGAAAUAAUGUAGAUCAUUUGGUGAGAAUUUGGUAUCUUUCCAUUUGUUACUCUUGCUUUCUUUUCUGUCGCGAUCAUAUAUUCUUCACUUUAAUUCUUUGGCUAAAGUUAAAAAGAGAAGCACCGAUCAGCAACUCCCCUCAUUCUCUGACCCUGUCACAGCUAAGUAGAAUCUCUGAUCCUGAGUAGAGAGAUAAUUGAAGCCAAAAGGGAGGAGGUGGGUCGUGGUGGUGGGGGGGAGGGGUGUUGGCGCUAUCCAACUAUGAUUUUGGUUUGAAGUUAUUCUGCCUUGUUUGGAAUGAGGUUCAUAUCCGGUUUCACUAAAGAAGAUGCCCAUUGCUUAUUGAUUUGUAGAGCGGGGCAAACAGACACGAGAUUCAGAUUUUCCAAACUGAUUAUUGAACAUGUAUUGCAGCUAAUGGAAAUUAAUUGUAGAAUUUAAAAUUUAUCCCACUGCCUUCGAAAGUGUUUUUUGUAACAAAAAAAGCUCCCACGUGGAUUGUUUGUCUUCCCAAUUGAACUGGAAUAAUUAGCUCCUUCCAGGGGAGCAGGAUGAUCAUGGAAAUUAGCUCAAUGCUGCUCCGUUAUCAGCCAGCAAGAAGUACAAUUCAAUGUUGGUCCAUCGGUCAAGACCAAAUUUUCCUUUCCACAAUGAAAUAAACAUGCAGUGAGCAGUGAUUGAGGUGCAUCAUAAAUAAUUCGGCAUGGAGUCAGGUAAAGCACCUAAAAUAUUGCUGUGUACUAAAUAAGCACCAUCUAAUGGUCGUUAAUUUUCAUGUUUUGUAUUCCAACAACCUACUGCACUUUAUAAAGAAAUUGAGUUUUCAUUGAUACAGUAUAAAGCGUAUCAGUCCAAUGUGACCCCUAACUCGCCGCCCCCCCCCCCCCACCCAAAAAAAUCUGCGUUUUAAGAACCCACUUGCAGGUUUAACCUUUUUUGAAUCAGCAGUACAAGAUCUUCUGAUGUGUAAAAUCUGUUUUUAGUUUAAUAUAUAAUGAUAGAAUGACAUCAGAUAAAGUUUACAAGUGGACAUGACCUAGUUAUAGAAUUUACUAAUAACCUCCUUUUGAUAUCUAUAUGACUGGAUUCAUGACUUCAAGAUUGUCUGUCUGAAAUCUGAAGUUUUAAGUCAGCACUUUAAUUCUAUGGCCUCGUAACUCUUUGAAAGGAUGUCCUGUUUUUAAGGACAUGAAUUAUGGAGCUAGAUAAAGUUAAUGAGAAUGAAAGACAGGAGGCUCCAAGUAAAUUCUAAAACUUUUCGUUUUGAAUUCUGUUUUGGUGAAAGAAUUUGAACUUUUUAGACCUAUUUUUAAUCCUAAGGCUUCAUGUGCUUAACAUUUUUGUGAUGACCCUGCUUCUUAAAACUUCAUGCAUUGUUUUAGUAUCUCUAAGCAAUAUUAACUUCCCAUACUUCACUCCCAAUAUUUUGUCAAAUCAGUUUGUAUAAAAUGGAAUUUAAAAUUUACCAGGAAUGGUUAUAUAUGAACUACAGAGGAGCCCAUUUACUGGAUUUUUUCGCUUUCUUUUUUAUAAUUGAAGAGGAAAGCAGUUUUUGGAAAACUUACUGUUAAUAGCUGCAAAUUUUGUCUGCUUUCAGUAUAAAAUAAAUCAAGACACUCUGUUGCAAGAGGAUGUUCAUCAGGUUUUCUUUGCUUCUGUAUGCAUUUUUCCAGAGUUCCAAUAACUGUGUACUUCAAAAAUAUAUAUAAUUGAGGGAAAGAACAUUUUAAGAAAAACAGUGAAAUGGAGAUGACAGGAAGUUUGUCGUGUGUGUUUAUCCUAAUUGUUCAGGCAAAAAAAUAAAGAAAGCACAGUCGGAUUCAUGUAUGUUUCUGUUAUGUUUUUGUCCCUCAUUUCAUAAUAACGUGCCUCAUUCAAUUUGCUCAAGCAGCUGCACUGCCCAAGAAAGCAGAGAAAACCUGACAGGCCUUCUCCAGGCAACUUUUAAAAUUCUAUACAAUAAAUCUGUUAAGAUUUGUGAGAUUUUAUGUAAAAAAAAAAAACCCACCUAAAAACAACUUAAAAACAGUUUUGUACAAACGCUGUAAUGUGUUUAACUUUGGUGUAAGGAGUGUGGGACAUUGGAAACCGCACAAUAAGUCAGGUAUGGCACAAUGAUUUCUGAGACCAGCUUUAUUUCCAUCUCAUUCCCAGCACGGCUUACCUUUUGUCUUUGUGCAGUGCAGGAGUGCUAUCUUUGGUGACAAAGCCUGCAUAUGCGUAAAGGUUUUUGUCUCUUGGGUAUUGUGCAUUUGAUGUGGAGAGUCCCUUCCUUGUUCAGAACCCUUCACUUCCUUAACAAAUGUACUUACUAGCUCUCAAUGGAUUGAAAAGCUACUGAAUUCCAGUCUUUCAAGGUUUCAUAUCACUCAGUACAAAAGCAUACAUAUUGGAUAAUAUUGUUCAAAAUGAAGUACGGGUCUCAUGACUUAAGACAGUCACAAAAAGCAGGUUUUUGUAGUGGUAAUUAUAUAUUUCUAUGUAUUGUAUAUGGGAGAGCCUGAUAUUCAUUAUGCUGCAGAUAACCCAAAGAGUGCUUAUUUGAAACCAUAUGGCACUGUCAAAAAUACACCAUAUAAUCAGCUUUUAAUUCAUAGGUGCUUCAAAAGCUAAAUAAAAGAGCACUCCUGAAUUGACCUAAUUAAAUGGUGGGUUUUCCAAGCCAUUUCUCGGAGGCAAUUUGAGUACUGCUGGCAUUUUUAAAUUGGAUCAGACUCGAAGAACUGGUGAUGUGUUGCACUUUUGUUGAUCUGUUCUGGAUAAAUGAUUUAUUUUGACAUUUCUGCCUUGUUAAUCCCUAUUUGAAUCAGUAAAAGCUUUUGUGGCUUUGUUGGCUGAUUGUAGCUUCCCCCACUAGCACAAAUUUCCCCCCCCCCCGUCCCCCAUGGCAUUAGGGAAGAGAACAAGUUCUGAUCAUGGGAGACAAGUGGGUUCAGAGUUUUUGCAUGUUGUAUAUCAGCUGUUUAUGUUGUAUUACAAGUUUUAUGUUUAAGUGCUAGAAGGUCUGAGGUGUUGGUGAAAUAAUUCUAGUUAUAGAUAUUCUACCCCGCAGACAACUAAAAAGGAUGCUUAUUGACAGUUUUUUGUAUUCUGCGGUUAGACUCUAUUCUGGAAAGGGGAGAGGGAUUUAAAUUAAAAUAUUUUGGACGGAAAUUCCAGUUAAGUUUUUAAAAAAAACUUGGUAUAGAUGUUGGGAAGUGGGUAGCGGGAUUUUUAGAGUGAGCUGUAGUUAAAUAUUAGUUACGUAACUUGGGGAUUUUGUGCAUGUUUUUAGAUGUUGCUUUGUUCAUUUGCAACACCAAAAAUAAUGAGUGAUAUGACUCUUUUUGAGACCUAUGGUGCUUCUGUCUGCGAAACUUUGCCUAUAUUGUAUUAAAUGAUUAUAGUUUGUAAAUGUGGUAGCAAUGAUUUAGUUUUUUUAAACGUGAAUCAGACAUUUUCAGCAUUUGACCACCUUUAUUUUUUUAACAUCCUUUUUAAAAAAAAAAUAUAUAGUUUUUGCUAUUAGAAAAUUAUCAUGGUGGUUAAUAGGAAAUGAAAGUGGAUUGUGCUGCAUCACCAGUGUCUGUAUAGAACCGUUGGUCACUGGAUAACAUUCAUUUUCCUGAACUCUGAGCAGGUGGAUGUUGCUUUUCUCUUUCCUCCCUAUUUCUCCCCAUCUCCCAACAAUGGUAUUUUUGUAUAUUAUUUCUUCCUGAACUCACUCCAUGGGUUAAAAAUGUACUGAUUUAGUAAGACUAAAUUGUCUCUUACUGAUGUGCUAGGUAGCUUUUUACUUGCACUAAAUAAGUAGGAGGAAGUUCUUGGAUUUUCACCAGCUGAAUUUUUUUUCUUUAAAAUGUUACUAGUCAAAAAAAGUGAAAACUCAAUUUACACAAGUUACUUAAGUAUUUUGCAUUAUCCAAUCUGCUGUAGAUUUGUAUUUCAGUUACUUUACUGCAAUGGAAAUAUACCAACUAAGCCAGUAACUGUACUCAGUCUGUCUUUGAACUUGUGGCAGCUCAGAUGGGGUUGCUUCACUUGUACUACUAUGUGAAAGAUUUAAAAAGAUAAAGUAUUUUUCCAUAUGGAGUUUGGGUACUGCUCUCAAUGUAUGGGGCUAAAUUAUGUCUGCUUGUUCCCUUGAGCCUGUAUUUUUUUUUCUUUCCUUUGACUGUAGGCAAUAAAUGGUCAUUUGAAAA